AGCUGUGUAAAGAAAUGGGUCAGUGCGGUAUAAACGAAGACAGGGCGAGCAAAUUGAUCUUGGCUCAACACUAGACACGACAAGCUAUACCGACGCAGUGUAAUCUAUUUGAGUGAAAUAGCAAGGAAGGCCGAGCUGAUAGAGUUAGUAAAUAUUAUAAGUUUCAAGUUUCCAAAGAGUUCAAGUUUUAGAACAGAAACCUAACAGAAUCCCAGUGGUGGACAAAAAAGAAAAAUAAUAAAAAAAAAAAAAAAACCCCAAAGAAAAACACCACGAACACUAUACUCAAGUUUCAAGUUUCCAAAGAGUUCAAGUUUUAGAACAAAAAAGAAAGAAAAAAAAACCAAAAAAGAAAAAAACCCACCACGAACACUAUACUCGGAGACCAACUCGGUUAAUUCCAUUAUUGCCGUAAGCUUAGAACGUUGCUUAAACCGGCGUGCAGAUAGGUAAGAACACCACACCAUGACACCUAUCGUCGUUCAUCUCGUCGUCAUCACGUCAGCCCUUCUGCUGGGUAUUAACGCAUUUGAUAUGAACAAAAUUAAAAAUGAGAUAUAUAAUAAACGAUGCAUAGCCAAUAAAAUCAUUAAUCUCGCCGUCCAUGGUGCUGCUCAAAAUCAGAGCUACAACCGCCUGGCAAAUUUUACGGACAAGUUCGGAAAUAGAAUCGCUGGUUCGCAAAAUCUAGAAAAUGCCAUCGAUUACAUGCUAGGAGAAUUAACGAAAGAUGGAUUAGAAAAUGUUCACGGUGAAAAGGCGAUGGUGCCACAUUGGGUGAGAGGCGAGGAAUCCGCAGUGAUGCUUAAGCCGCGUUAUCAUCCGCUAUCAAUGCUUGGUCUUGGAAGCAGUAUCGGGACUCCCCCAGAAGGCAUAGAAGCUGAGGUGCUCGUAGUGCGGACUUUUGAUGAGUUGAAAAGAAAAUCAGAUCAAGCCAAAGGAAAGAUUGUCGUCUAUAAUCAGAAAUGGGUCGAUUACGGUACCUCAGUCGCCUACAGACGAAAAGGUGCAACUGCUGCGGCACAAGUUGGGGCUGUUGCUUCACUGAUUAGAAGUGUGACGGCUCUGUCAAUUAACAGUCCUCACACGGGUUGGCAGGAUUACCAAGUUAACGUUACAAAGAUCCCAACUGCAUGCAUUACCGUGGAAGAUGCUGAAAUGAUGUGGAGGAUGUCCCAAAGAGGAGACAAAAUUGUGGUUCGUUUGAAAAUGGACGCUGAAAAUUUACCGUCAGUAGAAUCAAGAAACACCGUGGCUGAAAUCCGAGGUAGUACGUACCCAGAUGAAGUGGUACUCGUUAGUGGUCAUUUGGAUAGCUGGGAUGUUGGUCAAGGCGCUAUGGAUGACGGCGGUGGAGCUUUUAUUUCUUGGCAAGCUCUGUCUUUGAUUCGACAACUAAACCUGAGACCAAAACGCACCUUAAGAGCAGUUCUUUGGACAGCCGAAGAAGAAGGCACAUUUGGAGCUGGAAGUUACUGGCAACAGCACAAAGAAGAAGUCCACAAAUUUGAUUUUGUUAUGGAAUCGGACGAAGGAACCUUCACGCCCACGGGUAUCGCAAUCACCGGAAACAACGCUACAAUAGAAAUUAUUCGUGAGAUUAGCAAGUUAUUGGAACCAAUUAAAGCUACCCAAGUUUUAUCCGGACAGAGGGGUGAAGACAUUCUCUAUUGGACGUCUAAAGGCGUUCCCGGUGGUAGCUUACUUAAUCAAAACGAUCGAUAUUCAUAUUUCCAUCAUACAAAUGGUGAUACGAUGACAGUACAAAACCCGCAUGAAAUGGACCUAUGUUCGGCUGUCUGGGCUGUGAUAGCGUUUAUAGUGGCUGACUUAGAGGAUAUGUUACCAAGAUAAAACAUGUAUAUUGAUCUGUGAUAACCUAAUAAUAUUAAUUAUGGAAGAUUAUUUUAUAUCAUAUAAAUAUAACCUAUUUUUAGUCUACAUGUAUCUGGGGGAUUGGAUGCAGAAAAUCUCUAAUUUUCCACGGCUUAAUCCACGCUAAAGUAAAAUGGACUCCAAUUGAUUAUUGAAACGUUUGAUUAAGAAAACAAAAUCAAAAUCUCAAUGGUAUAUAAUCCCACGGCUGGGAUUAAAUCGGAUUAAGAAGAGGUCAAUCCAUGAAGUUAAUCUAUCACUUUCCACACUGAACUAAUACUACCAAGUGUGAACGUUUUCCAUAGGGGAUGGCUAACGAGGAUGCUUGAAGAUCCACCUUACACCCAGCUAUAGCUACGCUGUAGUAACUUACAUUCCGUGUAUUUUUUGAUAAAUAAAAUUUUGUAUUUAAGAA